AAUCGUCCCAAAAGAAGUUUGUUUUCGUGUAUUGCACAUUCAUGGACUUUCGGAAUCGGGACGAAGUGUUCCGAUUUUGUUAAGUUUUUUGUGAUAAAACGUCCCAUAUCAUUACGAUUUGUCAGUGAUAAUCGUUAGUAAAGUGUGGUGUGCUAUAUUAACUUUAAGUUGAUUGAAAAAAACAUCCAAUAAACCCAAUUGUUUAAGAUAUUAGUGGAGGGCAGUUGCCACAUAGAAAAAGAAAAUUCAGACAUCACAUCGUGUUUGGGUAUUAUUACAUUUGAAGUGCGACUAGAAAUGAGUGGAAAGUGAAAUAUCAUCAAAUUUCAAGGCUACGCUAAUACGGAAAUGCAAUAAUUCCUUGUAAACUAUAUUCGUAUUGCCGAAAAAGGAUUCAUCUUGUGAGAAAUUACACAAAAGGCGCGACCAACAUAAGUGUACCCAUACUCUCAAAACCGUACCAGAUUUAGCCACUGGCGUGAGGGAGUGAAAGCAUCACAACUACAGAGUCUCACCGUUGUUCUCCGGACCCGCCGAAAACCGACCAUGACGAUGAUGACUACCGCUGCACUUCCGGGCUGUAAGCAGUACGAGACACUGCGCAAGGCGCUGCAGUCCGGUAACCGCGCACAAAUCGACAAAACAUUGGAAUCUCUGGUUGUGGCUUGCGAAAAUCAGAAAGUAGCGAGCGAGAAACAAAAGAUUGACGACGAUCAGUUAAAUUUCUGGUUAAACGAUGUGUUGCCCCUGUUGUUCGAUUGGGAAAAUGCGUUAACGAAAGAAUGGGCGCUGAAGGCUUCCGAAGCGCUUCUUCCUCAUCUAGAGAACACGUUAUAUCUCGACUCUCCAGUGUGGCCAGCGCUGAAAACCCAAAUUAGCACCGUCUAUUCGAAACUGUUAGAACAGGCGCGUGGGAGAAACGACACCGAGUGGAAUCGGAAGUGGUCGGUACUAGUGCGUAUACUCGACAAAGAAAUCUGCCAGGGUGCCGUCAUUAUCAAUGUAUUUCUGGCGAUAGUGGAGAACGGAUUUCGAUCGACGGAGAUGUUCGUACGCGAACAGUCGUUCGAUUGUUGGAAGCUUUUGGUUGAGAUAUUCGCCAAAUAUGACCAGAUCAACAUCCCGAAGCGCGUCAAAUUAAUUUGCAUUCCACUGAAGAGCUCGAAAUCAAAGACUGAGACGAUAGCGACAAAAAAGUUCGGAAUUUGGUGGUUUUUGAUCACCAAAUUGCAGAGUCAGUUGGAUGAAUUUAUUGAGAACGUGUUUGAUCCGUUCAUAUAUUUCUGCUUCGGGCCAUCGUUCAAAACACCUUUGUGUUUCUAUUUCGAUGAUAACUACCAGGAUUUCGCUACUCCCGGUAAAAUUUACAAUUCCGUCAAAAAAUUGGCGGCCAUUGCGUUGAUUCUCAUGUUGGGCCCCGCGGAGAAGAUCGCGAAGACAUUACUACGCGAAGAUCAGAAUUUUAUCAUACCCGCCAACGGAGACACAAUCAUAUCACCUAAGCUGUUCAACCUGAAGGCGAGGUUGCUUAUCAACUCAUGCACCGAGUGUACGGUUCAGUUCUCCCAGAUGAAGGACAAACACUAUCUGGAGCUGAAUAGGUGUCUGUGGAAAAAUCUGCUCAGCAUGGUAGAACAGGAGAAAGCUAUUCCGCGUUCUGAGAUGCUUUUGUGGAUUCAGGAAAAUUUGGCGGCGCUGAUCAGUUUGAGUGAUCAGCGAAAGGACGAUGCGAUGCGAGAGCUGGUUUACGAUACCGUUCUGAUGGUAGCCCAGACAAACCUGCUGACCGUCACUAUUGGCCAUGAUAGUCCCGAACAGUUGGUGAACAACUAUCGAGUCUUCAUGACAUUGGUGUUUAACCCAAAAGUGGACUAUCCGGAAAACACCUCGCACAAAAUCCUUUCGAACGUUUUCGAUUUGCGGCGCUACGCAACCACGCGGGGCGGCUACUGGGACAUGCUCCAGAAAACCACCCAAUACCUAUCGGACCUGGAACCUUCGCUACUGACCGGUCCCAAGGGUUCCACCUAUCGGCAACUCAUUACCCACAUCUACCACACUAUGGCCAUCCACUUGAAGGAACAAAUCGGCGCCCAGAGGGAGCAGUUCGAGCAGUACCACUCUGUUGCGCUCACUUUUCUGCUCUACCCCCUUGAGUACGAUCGUUACCUGAGGGUCGAAGACAUUCGAGAUGAGUGGAGCAAUGCUUACGGUGCGAUCGUUUCCGGUCAGAAAUCGUGCCACCACGGGUGUGCCUUCAGUGAGAUCAUUAAAGCGAUGACGGUGGCGAAAUACAGCGCGAAUCUCAGCGUGAUCGUGGAUUUUUUCCGUCUUGUUUUGGAACUGAUUCCGGACGACUUUGAAAUCGAACAACCUCCACUCAAAACACUGGAUCUGUUCAGAGAUUUGGUUCGGAAGGCGCUUGUCUUCAACAACAGUUUGACGGAGAUUACAAUUUGCGUGGAAAUAUUUCAGAAGAUGAUCCGACGGAUCACGAUACGGGGUUUGCUGGCGGUGAUUAUGCCCAUUCGGAACGUGAUCAACGAAUUGGUGAACGCGGAAAACGGCAAGCUGUUAGAGGCUGUGAAGGGAACACUCAAAACGCUAGUUGAUCGUUUUGUGAGUGCUGAUUUUAUGGUGGAGAUAAAAAGACAACCCAAGGAAGUUAAAUGGAACUGCAAGUUGCUGAUAAGUAAGCUGCUAGAGCUGCCCACUAGAAUGCAGAAGCAGUGGAAAACAUCGGAGCUGAAAAAUGUGAUGGAUAUUUGCGAGGGGAAAGAUUCAUCGAAGGCGAAGGCCAACAAAAAAGAAGGGGAGUUUGUGGUGAUCGAGAAGGUGUGGUCAUUCACACCGGACAAACUUACGGAGCAUCAGCGGGACAAAAUGCGCGAAAAGAGGGACGAUAUUCCGGCGCUUUACAACGAUAUGAGUCAAUCGCAGGAUAGUUAUGUGAUUAAGCCAUGGACUCCAAACAAGAUUGUUAUCCCAGCUGAUUCACAAAAUGAUCAUUCUACGAUUGUCGUGUGUCCCAGCGAAGCUUCAAUCUCGGUCAUCAAUGGGGUUGCGGAAGCAUCUGUCCCAGCGGAACCGGAAACGACAGCCGCCACAGAGACUGUAAAGCUGGAUAAGGAAAAUAACAAUGGAAAUGUUCAAAAUAACGAGAAAGACGAGGAAGCAAAUGCGAACGCAAAGGUUGUGAGCAAUGCUAAAAAAACGGGAGAGAAAAGGUCCAGGACUGCCCGAGAGUUGGAUCAGCUCAGAAUUGACACGAUUGAGGGUAAGAAAUUGCAAGCAGCCAGAUUGGCUCGAACAAGAAGGUCUGAAAGUGUGGAACCAAUCGGGCCCGGGAAAAGAAAAAGUGUCAAUGCCAAACAAACAACCAACUCGGUUAGCGCGAAAACGACACGAACCACAUCGAGGAAAAUAAUUGAGAAAGGUGGGCUCGAGAAAGCCGAAGUAGCCGAAUCUUCUCCUCUAAAGAAGAAACGCGAAGAGAAACCUAAGAGUUCGUCGCCCAGAAAAUCACUGAACUUUGACAAUGUGGUGGACAAUGAACCGGCUGCAGCAGCCGAAGCGCCUAGUGCCAAUUCUCCCAUCAAAGAUAAAGCUGUCAACGAAUCGGUGGAUGAAAUAGUCGAAUCCUCACAAGCUAACUCCCAAUCGAUGCUGGCGAGGAAGUUCACCCUCCGGAAGGCGAAAGACGGAGAAGAAGGGGAGAAGAAUACGACACCGGUGGUGACAAGCGAAUCACUUCCUUCCGAUGCUGAAAUCAAGAAGGAACUGGUUAAGCCUGACGAUCAAUCACCGGUGAAAGUUACGCCUAAAAAGGAAUCACCCCGCAAAAACACCAGAAGUGUUGCGGCUGCGGCACAGCAAAAGAAUGUUUCGAUAGAAGUCAUCAUUCCGAAACCGGAGCUACCCGAUACGGAACCCAAUACAGAGGUUAUCACUGAAACCCCAAUUACUCAUGAAGAAAAAUCAAAGCCCAUGUCGCCUGUCAGCGCGUCUAGCAAACCGAAACAGGCUGCGAGUCCUAUUCCGGAGCCUAUGGAAACAGAGCAAUCGGUGGAAUCUCCCAAAUCGAACGAUGACCAAAACCUUCCAAAUUCUCCGAACCUAUCUCCAGUGCGUAAUCUCGACGAUCAGCUCGAGCCCUACGGUAAAAGUCACGAUCGAAGCUUCGCGUCAUCUCCGGAGGGAACCAACCAACAAGAACGCGAUGAAGACUUGUUGAAUAGUACCAUCAACAUCUCCCCAAUCUCGGAACAAAAGGCAGUUCCCUCCACGCCCUCAACGGAUGCGGAAAUAAAAGAUGUCGUCACCUCCGGAAGUGGGGACAAACUACCGCUCCCAACCCGUACUAUGGAGCGCGAGAAAUCGUCCGUCGCACCGUCGCCUAUUGCCCGCCGAACGCGUAACUCGCCUCCAAUGCUGCCGACGGCCGUUGCCAACCUAAAAUCGCGUACGCCGCAAAUGACCCCCAGAAGCCCUAGCACCAACAAAAUAGAGCUCAGAGGACGUGGCGCUCAAUUCAUCAACCUGAUUCGAAACCAGCAAAACGAAGCAUCGCCGAAGCCACCGUCCUCCUCUGGUCCUUCACCGCAGAACGCUUCAACGCCUAAACAAGCCACUCCCGCACCAAACGAUAGAAGUCACAUGCUUCGAAAGCUAGCCACUACGGCCGCGGCCACAUCACAAUCACCGGAGCAGCCAAAACCCUUGGAAAAAGAAUACUUGACGUUUUCCAAAGUGCUACCUUCUCCGCAAGCCUCCCCCGCCGUUAGCAUACUCAAACGCAAGUUGAACCACGAAGACAGUGGAGACGAUUGUGAUUCCCCGGCUAUGAAACGGAAGCGGGUUAGCUUCCACGAUCCACCCGUUUCCAUCACCAAGGAAUACAUCCGCCAGGAAGAGGAAUGCCGCUCGCCUUCGAUCAAUCGUUGCCUCCAGCUGAUCAGUAUGUCACCCUCCGACAAGGCCAAAUUUCUACUGCGAAGAAAAAGCAAAGUGGACAGUCUGUCCGAGUUGGCAAAGUUCACAAAAGCUCCCGCAGUUCCAGGCGAAGCAGGCAAAGACGAGGAAGACGAAAUCUCAUCCUCACCGGAAUCGUUGGACGAAGAACUAAUCAACAUCAACACGACGGAAAAUAUGAGUGCUCUCCAUGUUACAACCGAUGCUGCGCCAGAGGAGGAGUCGGACAUCGAAAUGAAAGACACUGCCAAACCUUUGGAUGAUGUGGAAAUAGAUCCUCAAAACAGCGUACCUCUUAUUGAGACGAUUGUCCCUCUCCCGCAAGAGCAAAUCGAGCCAACCACCCUCCUCCUCAAACGAACAUCCCCACGGAAGGUGUCCCCCAAACAAGAGGCUACCGAAGAACCUGCACCCAAGAAAGCAUCCUCGCCGGCUUCGGCAGUCGCCUCAAUCGAGAAACCCGACACCACCAUACGCUUCCAAACCGAGGAUGACCUACUAUCGCACGUUAUCUCGAAGUAUCCGCUCGAUACCAUCCUGGAGCGCUACACGACAGCCGGUAAGACUCUCGAGCAGAACAAAUCCGUCCGCUCGCUGACCCGCGAACUUUCAACACUCAUGACCAAGGACAGCAAAACGCGGUACACCGUUUUGGAUGAACUGUCCGAACGACACUCGGCCGAGUUUCUGGAUCACGCCGUGCAGGAGAACUCCUCCGCGAUGGUCUGCCAGCGGCUGUCGAUGACAACGAUGACUGAGUACAUCUUUGAGAACCUGAGGAAACUCCCCGCUACCGCAGCAUCUGCUGCUAUCGCUAUCACUGAUAGCAAUCGAAAUGAACAGGAGAAGGAGCGAUCGAAAGUGCUUCAACUUAUGUUCGACAAUUUGCUGCAAAUGCAGGAAGCUGAUGGCGGUGCUGAUUUUCUGCGUAUGAGGGACCAUUUCGUGCGAAACGUGACGCUCGGCAAGAGCCGGGCGGAGAUGAUGGACCUUCUGGAAGAUUAUUUCAACAGUAGCAGGACGAAAAGCCACGGAAGCAGCAGCAGCAGUAGCAGCAAUGCGUGAUUUUGCAGUUUCGAUGUGCGCAUUUCAAAUUGAAGAGAGAUUUCCGAAGUUUCAUAUUUUUUUAAAGUAUUUUUUUUACAAAUGAAGGAUUGUUUGAGAAGUUUUUAAUGUAAAUGAAGCUGUACCAUACUACUUUUUGUUGUGUUUCAAUGCAGCGUGAUAACCGUUAGUAGUAACGCGUCCAUUUAAGUAGAAUACGAGUUGCAAGCUACGAUUGAGCUAACUGGAGUUACACAUAUAAAAACAUAAAACCAGAGUAUUGCCUUCUCGAGGUGCUUGAAGGUUUUCUUUCAUUCAGCAUUUUCUCGUUCAAAGCAACAAGAGGUACAAAUUAGAUGCUGAUCUAUUUUUAUGCACAUUCGUGACGACCAUGUUUAAUGAAUAAAAUAUUUUGAAUAAUUA